AUGGCGUCUGUCCAUCAGCACUUCUCAACUUCUUCUCAGCAGAGCUUGCCAGCCUCCACAUCCAACGAACGGGACGACAAUCAAGGCAAGAUCGAAAACAUGUCGGAUACAGAGUUCAACAAGACCAACACCAGCUCGAUGUCGGCUGACAAGGACAUCAAACUCCUGGAAGAUGGAGUGAUAACCACUGGCCAGGAGGGAGACAGCCGAAGAGUGUCGGCAAGCAUUGCCAUUGACCCUGCGGCCGAGAGACGCCUUGUCUGGAAGUUUGACCUCCGUAUCCUCCCAACUCUCGCAGUCAUGUACCUGUUCAACUCUCUGGACAAGUCGAACCUGGGAAACGCCAAAACAGCCGGCCUCGAGAAGACCUUGGGCCUUGUGGGUAAUGACUACAAUCUUAUCCUAUCGAUCUUCUUCAUCCCCUACGUCCUUACAGCUCCUUUCUUGGGCAUUGCAGGCAAGAAAUGGGGACCUGCCAACGUCCUACCCAUUAUGAUGUUCAGCUUUGGAACUUGCACCCUUCUCGUGGUCGCUGUUCAAAAUUUCGGAGGGCUUCUAGCUUUGCGAUGGUUUCUUGGAAUGGCUGAAAGUGCUUUUUUCCCACUUGUGAUCUACUAUCAAACAACAUUUUACCGCCGCGGUGAACUCGCCCGCCGUCUCGCUAUUUUCUACGCGGCGUCAUCGAUCGCAUCGGCUUUUGGUGGCCUGCUCUCGUAUGGAGUUUUCCAGAUCCAGGGAGGCAGCCUCGCCAAUUGGCGAUACCUCUUUCUCAUUGAAGGCAGCUGCACCAUCCUAUUUUCAUUCUUCGCUUUCUGGUAUCUCCCCAGAGAUGCCGCGAGCGCCAAAUUCCUGACUCCAGAGGAGAAGCAACUAGCAUUCUACCGGAUUCAAGUCGAUUCGUCCUCCGUUGUCGGAGAGAAAUUCAACUUCCGAUCUGCCAUGGCCAUCUUCAAGCACCCAACGAGCUGGAUCAUCCUCGGGAUUGAGAUCUGUCUCGGUGUGCCGUUGCAAUCCGUGUCAUUGUUUCUGCCUGUUAUCGUCAAACGCCUUGGCUAUUCCACGGUGAAGACCAACCUAUACACUGUAGCACCAAACAUCUCCGGCGCUGCUAUGCUUCUCAUUCUAGCAUUCGCCUCCGACUACACCAGACUCCGAUUUCCCUUCGUUGCACUCGGCUUCGCUUUCACCUGCAUUGGGUUUAUCAUCUACGCCACAGUCGACAUACAUUCUCAGCUGAACGUCGCUUACUACGCGUGCUUUAUGAUGACAUGGGGGACUAGUGCACCCAGCGUGAUUCUGGAUGUAUGGUACAACAACAACAUUGCGGACGAGAACAAGCGAAUGAUGCUGACCAGUAUCGGCGUCCCGGUCGCCAACCUGAUGGGUGUCGUUUCCAGCAACAUCUUCCAGAAUAAGGAUGCACCCAAGUACAUGCCAGCUUUGAUCACAACUGCAGCUUUUGGAGCCUGUGGGUGCUUUCUCACUCUUCUCCUCGGUGCUUGGAUGGUCAUUGACAACAAGAGACGGGAUGCUAAUGAUGGAAAGAAAGUCAGAGCCAUCGAUAUUCCUUCGGAGUUGUUGGCUGCCGGUCCCAGCAGUCCUAACUACCGCUGGUGCUAUUGA